UACACCGUAGAGCUUCCCGCGCGGCCCUGCGCCCGGCACUCGAAGGAAUCCAGGAUGAAGAACCCAAUGCUGGAGGCGGUGUCCCUACUGCUAGAGAAGUUGCUCCUCAUCUACAACUUCAAGCUCUUCAGUUCGGGCGCCCCAGGUGAAGACAAGCCGAGGAGCGGUUUCCAUGACAUGAACUCCUUCCACCGCGGUGACGUCCUGGAGGUGCCCCGGACCCAUCUGACCCACUAUGGCAUCUAUCUGGGCGACAACCGGGUCGCCCACAUGAUGCCCGACAUCCUGUUGGUUCUGACGGACGAUAAGGAGCUCACGAAGAAGGUGGUGUCCAACAAGCGUCUCAUCCUAGGCGUUAUUGGCAGGGUGGCUAGCAUCCGCGUGGACACAGUGGACGACUUCGCCUACGGAGCCAAAGUCUUGGUCAAUCACCUGGACAAGUCCCUCAAGAAGAAGCCGUUUCUCAACGAAGUGGUGGCGCGAAGGGCGGAGAAGCUGGUGGGCAUCGCUACCUACAGCCUGCUGUGGAACAACUGCGAGCACUUCGUGACUUACUGCAGAUUUGGCACCGCCGUCAGCCCCCAGGCGGACAAGUUCUGUGAGAUUUUGAAGAUAAUUAUUCGUGAUGAGAGAAGCGUUCUUGCUUCGGCACUCGUGGGAUUGGCAUCUAUAGUCUGCCUGGGUUUGGCAUCAUAUACUGCUCUUCCUGCAAUUUUUAUUCCAUUCUGCUUAUGGAUUGCUGGCUAACUUCACAUCCUCAUGUCAGUGUGUGUAUUCUGUGUGUACAUAUGUUUAUUUUUAUAGAGCACAAAUCAGUAUAAGCAUCGUCGAGAAAAAUGUGACCUGUAGCAUUGUGUUCUAGAGAAAAAUGUGAUUAAGAAUCACACAGAGUGCUUAACUAUGUAAGCCUAAGAACAGAGGCUUUCUGAAUCUUCCUCAGGCAGUUCCAUUUUAAAACACUGUGCAAAUCCUGGAAACCUGAAACCUUGUGAUAGAAUUCAUCAUUACAAGAAAACCAGCCUCUAAGACGAUGGCCACAGGAGAUUACUUGAGUUAUUUUCUUUUUCUCCUGUAAUCAUCGCUCUUCUCUGUGAGGCCUGAAUCUGAAGGUCAGAAGACAUACUGAAUGAGAUCACUACCUUUGUUGUAAAUUUAGCCCGUUUCAUUGAAAAACUUACAUUAAACUGAGAGAAUUGCCCCCAUUCAGAUGCAAACAUGUUUGAUGAUUGGUCAAAAAAAAAAUUCUCAAUCUUUUUUUCAUGUAUUAUGAUUCCCAAUGAGUCAAGAAUAUUUCAUUACAUGAAGUUAAAGUUUACUGAUAAAGUAACUUACUAGAACUGUAAAAAUAUUUUCCUACAGAAAUAGCUACUAUAACAUCAGUUGACAAUUUGAUAUAGCUUUACCUAACGGGAAGCCUGGCAUCCUUUCUUUUUUUCCCCUUUAUGCAUCACUAUAGUUACUUUAAACACUUUUGAGAGGUAAAUGGAUAUAAGGUUGGCAUAAUUUGGAUACUUGGAAUGUAUAUGUACUAAUUAUAUAUACAGAUAUCUACAUACUGAUUAGAGACAAAUUAAGUUUGUUCUUGACUGCUUUCUUAUCAUACCAAUGUGGUUACUAUAGAGCAUUUGUGGAGGUCGAAGUUACAGCAAGUUUAGUCUGUUUUCUUAUGCCUUUGCCUGUGAUGUAACUUGUAUAUAUGACAUUGGAAGGUUUAUUGUUUAAAGCACUUAUUAAUGUACUGUAUAAUUUUUAAAAGCCCUCAAAUUUGUUUUCUAAUCAGUUUUUCCCAAUUUAAUUGCCAAGUAAGUAUAGCUUACAUCCAUAAAAAAAGAAUGUCAUAGCGGCAUAUAAACCCCAAACAGAUAGGACCAAAGGAAAUAACUCUUAGAAAUAACUUUCAAAGUGUCUCUCUACCUCCAGGCAUAUAAAUUGAUUAUAUUGAGGCUGUUUGAAUAUUAGAGGUGAGAUAUAGUGGUGUUAAAGCAAACAUUCAAGUGCUUUUCCAAAGUUACCAAAUUCUAAGAUUAAGCCACAAGCAAGACUUGUGUAUCAAGUAUUAGAGCUACUUUAUAAACUAUCAAGGGUCACAAAAUAAUAAGUCACAUAAUGAGUGGUACGAGGAGGGUGGGAUCAGUCACUCAGUGAUCCAACAAGAACAAAUUUAAGAGCAGACUUUAGUAACUGUUAUUUUAUCUCUACUAAUUUACCCACAACAAAUUCAGUUGUUUAAUUUUAUGUUUAAUCAUUUCAAUAUUUUAUGUGUUUAAAACAUGAAAUGGCAACACCAAUAAAUAAAGUUGUCCUGUGGGCCUAUUCUAAUUUUUAAAAAUUAAAAUUAUUUUAAUUAUGCAUAAAAGCAACCAUGAUAAGAAACCCCUGGCAUUAGUGUUUUUUCACUUAUGUAUAUUAUAUAUUACCCUUGCAGCAAUUAUUUAAAUUUAUUUUUUAAAAAUAUGGUAUCCUCAUAAAUAAUUAACACUUUUUUGCAGACUUUAGUAUUGCAGGUAGCAAUACUAAACUGUGAUGUUAAAUCUGUGUUCAAAGAUAAUGAUCCCUCAUUAAAUAGCAAGGGAAGUACUAAGAUUGGAAUUAAGAUAAUUAGUCUGGACUUACUUCAUAUCCUUAAAACAAGAUUCAACUCAUCAUUCAUUUGAGUGCUCACUAUAUGCCAGGCACUGACCUGCUUGCAAUUUCGUGGUCUAGGAUUAAUCAUUUUUAACUACCCAUAUUGAAGUGUAUGCAGUGCUAUGGGAAUGCAGGGAGAGAAGACAUUAAAUUGUCAGGGAAAUCCCUCUGAAGGAGGCAGUGCUAGCAUUAAGGUGAGAGGUGAUCUUAUCACACUGAUGUGUUGUUUCACUACGUAGGGGAAGAGGGAACCGGAGGAAGGUUUUAUCUACUAAAUGUUCCACAACACUAGAAUUUACUGAACUUAGGAGAAAAGGAGAGUUUUUCGAAAAAAAUGCAAAUACUCCUGAAUGUGGUUGUGGAAGAAACCCUGAACCAUUAAUGUGUCUUGUAGUACAUUUCAAGGCGGCACCAUAAAUUAGGAUUCAUUCUUAUGAUCCUGCAAGUCCCAUACAUUUCUAAACUUCUAACUUGUGAAAUGGUAGUCAUGCAGUACCUGAUGUAGCUUUUUGUUGCUUAUUUUCUUCUUUGCCAUACCCAGGUGGAGGCCAAAUAGGGCUCCUGGGGCUAAGAUGAAAUAGUGCAAGAGUCAGGGGUUAGGGACUUUUGCCUCAAAGUUUAUGGUCACAUGGAUGUAGGAGUGUUAAGACUUUACACAAUAGAACUGAUUGAAAGCAUAGAGAGAGAAGGGGUUAGUUUUAACUGGUCAGGCCAAAAUAUACAGGAACUGUGUACUGAGACUUGGAAAAAUGAGAUAUUUUUUGGGGGACGCAUUUGGGCAGAACAUUCUGCACAUUGGGAGCAGCAUGAACAAAUGCAUGAAAACUCCCCACGACAUGCCUGGCACAUAAGUGUGUGGUACUCUAUUAUUAGGUGGCUGAAAACGUGAAACUGGCAUGGGGCAUUUGGGCAAGUGCAAGUGGUACAAAGGGGAGAGCAGGGCAAGAGUGGUGGGAGAUGUCGGGAAGGAAAGCCACGGUCAGGUGGUGCGAGUCUGUGAACGCCCCGAAGCGUGGACUUUACAAACAGGCAAUGGAGAUGAGUUCAGAAAGGUAACUCCCAGGAGUAUGAAGGAUGGGGGUAUGGGACAAGACAGAACAAGGGGAUCUAUUAGGAAACUAGCUGUGCUCCUAAAUCUCUCAAAGGCCUGUAAUUGCGAGGGUGGAGAGCGAACAUGUUAGGGAAGUGUGUCAACAGACUUCGGCCAAAUCCUUACAUGAGUAACCCUUGGUGGGAUGUCCAGGAGGAGUCGUGCAUUGUUUCCUGCCAGAAGGUGGGCUCCUGAAAAAUAAAUUAGCUUGGGGGUUGUGUGUAUAUUGGAUAUUUCAGAUCUUUAUUCUGCUAGAUAUAUUUCUAAGGACAAGCAGAUAUGUAAGACUUCGGUGUUUAAAAUAUUAUUUUUCACAAUAUGGAUAUACUUUUUAUUUUUCCAUUUUCUAUUUCAUACUACUACCAUCAAACAGAAAAAAAAAAAAUGUUUUCCCCCAAGGUAAAACUCUUCAUACCAAUGUCAAAACUCUUGUUAUAGAUAAGAAACAUACAAGAAAUGAUAGUUGCCAAUCUUCUGUUUUAUAUGAUCUAUUCAGAAAGUUUUACCUAACCUAGAUCUGUCAG